AUGUUGUUGAAAUUUCUGAACGGCGAUCAUUACUUAAAUCUGGAGUCUUGGCGCAAGUUCUCACCAGAGAAUUCCCAUGAUUUGUAUUUCAGCUGCAAGCUUCUUCGUGAGCGAAAUGGAAUGGUGAUGUAUGGAGGGCUCUGUUUGCAACUCUACGUGCAGGGGGAUAAGCACAAGAUCUGGCCUUUGAAAUAUCACCAAGCACCAGAUCCAUUGGCAUCAAACACCGUCAACAUGACAAGAGAAUGGCUCAGAGAAUGUUUGGAAAAUCAUGAUGGAUGUCGCGUACGAUUCAAUUCGAAGUGCCUCCCAUCGAGGCUGAUUGACGUUGGGUAUCCCGAUAAAAGCGGUGAUUUCAGUGUACCACAUCUUAUAGACACUUAUGGAUCUUCGCCCUCUGGCGUUAAAACUGGGAUGGACUGGCAGUACGUCACUUUGAGCCACUGCUGGGGUAAAUCGACGCACUUGUCAACUAAGAAAAACACUUUGAAUGAAAGAAAAUACGCAAUUCCGGUUAAUAGUUUGAACAAGACAUAUGCAGACGCUGUACGAGUAACUAGAGAACUACAAAUGCGAUAUUUGUGGAUCGAUUCGCUUUGCAUUAUUCAGGACUCCGAUGAAGAUUGGAUUGAAGAGUCGUCCAAAAUGUGCUUCGUCUACAAUAACGCUGAAUUCAACAUCGCAGCUGCAGCAGCGCUUGACGGAGAUAGCGGUUUCUUACCCGAGAGAUUGAGUGUUAAACUUGGUCAUGUUCUUGGCUCAGAGACAAAGAGUAUAGUGAGAUCUUUGUGGAUUCGACCGUGUAUUCAAACCGGACACGAAACUGGUGAAGUGGGUAUUUCUCUACCAUGCCCACUUUUUGGCAGGGCCUGGGUACUCCAAGAAAGCAUUUUGGCGGCUCGGACGUUGAUAUACUCACCUGUUGGCAUGCACUUCCGAUGUCGCAAGAACAAAAGAUCUGACGAAGACCCAGCGAAAGAUGCAGGAGAUCUUGAUAUCUUUGUUGGUAGUAAGCUUGCUACCUUUCCUUACCUAGCUCUGAAAAAAGGACAAAAGCAAUUCUAUUUUCCCCGAGAAAUAGACACCUGGUACCAACUGCUAGAAGCGUAUUCAGGAAAGCAAAUAUUGCAUAGAAAAGACAAGCUUCCGGCAGUUGCUGGUUUGGCGUAUCAGCUUGGAUCAAUCAUAGGAGAUACGUACCUUGCAGGCCUUUGGGCGCGCGAUUUCCCGCAAGCAUUGUGCUGGCUGCCUCGUCGGCCUAGUUCUGGAUGCGUUCGUCGCUCCAAGUUACCGGCUGAUUCUGAAUAUAGCGCCCCUUCAUGGUCAUGGGCAUCGUGUCGUACCCUCUUCAGUUAUGCUCCCGUGGCUUUCAAGAGCAUCAAACUGCUAACAGAAGAUACACCACUUGGUUAUUACUCUUGUCCAGAUUUCGAGGAUACAGAUAUUUUGUGGGAUGCAAUGUUGGUAGGCGCCCACAUAGACUUCGUUUCCAAUCGCUAUGGGCCAGUGAAAAGUGGAUCAAUCCCUGUCAAAGGCCAUCUUCUUAAAGUCGAUAUUUCUUGCUUCGUGAGUCCAUUUCGAGAGAACGUCGCAAUGUACAACGGGCUGGCACUAGGGAUGUUUUACGCUGAUGCAAAAUUGGAUGUAAGGAAAAAAUACUGGGCCCUUCUAUUAAGAAUGAGCGUCGCAAGACCACCAUGA